AUGGUUUUCUGGUUAGGCUCAGCAUGGUUCGAUCGAGAGCAAAAACAUCGACUUGAUGGAAAACUCGUAGCAAUUACAGGAGCAUCGUGCGGAAUCGGCCUUUCUACAGCCAUCAUGUGUGCUCAAAGGGGCGCUUCUUUGCUUCUCCUUUGCCGAAAUCAGGAAAAAAUGUCAGCUGCAGCCGAAGAAAUCCGCCAAAAAUCUCCUGGGGCUAAAAUUCUCGAGUUUCAGCUCGAUCUUGCAGACACCAAAACUGUUUCCAGAGCGAUCAAAGACAUAAAAGAUCGGAAAAUAAUGAUCGACGUUCUUGUUCUCAACGCGGGACUAUACUAUUACGACAAGACGGAAUGCCUGUACAAUAUCAACUCGGUUCAAGUGGUCAAUCACUACAGCCAUUUUUAUUUGCUCAAUGAGUUGCUUGGAAAUUUAAAGGGAACAGAGGAUGAUCCAGCUCGGGUCGUAGCUCUUUCGAGCAUGGCACACAUGGGUGCAACUGGGGACGGAAAAUUCUGGAAAACUUAUUCUUCUCCUGAAGAACUAACGGCGACCUUGGGAACGAGUAUUCACAAAAUCGGAAUGCAAGCGUAUUGCGAGUCUAAAUUGGCAAAUAUUUUGCACAUGCGCGAAAUGGCAAAGAGACAUCCUUCCAUCAAAUUCAUGUCCGUUCAUCCUGGCGUGGUGAAUUCGAGUUUUGCGGACAAGAUCAUUGAGACUGAUGGAGCGACGGAUACCUGGUUUGGUUGGUUGAUGAGCUCUAGGUUUUGUAAAUGGCUUUUCCCUCUGUUGAUAAAAUCUUCUGAUCAAGGUGCUCAAACUUCGAUGUACUGUAUCUGCUCUCCAGACGCGGAAUCCUGGCAUUACUACAAAGAAUGCGCCCAAGCUCAAGUCAAAAUCAAAGGCAUGCUAAAACCGAUAGAGACCCAUGAUGAGCAAUUGAAAAUUAUCAGCGACGAUCUUGAAGACUUUUCGAAAGAGAAAGCAAUUAUUAGAUUCAUUGAGAGUCAAAAAGUGUGUCAGACCGUCAUCUCCUACAAACCGGAAUUCUUCUCCAUAGCGGACAGGCUGUGCACCGAAAUUAACGGGACUAUUGCAGACGCUCCUUUCGAAGUUGGGUUAAAAUCGAGAAAAUUGCCAGCAGAAGCGUUCUCAGUUAAAUGCUUCUGGACGACUGGGAAUGUCACGAAGAAUGGAGAAUACGUUGGUCCAGCUAUUUAUGAAAAUGCAGCGCUAGACAAAUUCGACGAAAUAAAACGAUUCGUUGAAGAAGAACUGAAUGUUCUUGGCUUUGUGACUGGCGACUUGUGCUUAUCUAAACCAGUAAGUUCGUUUCUUUUCUCGAAAGGCGAGGAAGAUCAAAUGUCUGCAAACUUCUUCUGCGAGAAUACCCUCUUUGACAACGAUGGAAGACUUGUAAUGUUCCAUGGAAAGCCCGAUUUCUGCGAACAUCUUCAAUUGAACAAGAGUUUUAUUCUUGAGCAUCAUCUCUUCGACUCGGAUUUUCUCGGGGAAAGCUUUGUGAUCGUCAAUUUGCACGAGCCCAAUCAAAGCUGGAUUCCGUUUUGGAGCAAUUUUAAAAGUGGCUGGAAAGCAAACGAAAAUGUGGAUGGCUCAGAAAUGCCGUUUUGUUUGGAAGAACCGGAGGCUUAUCAUGUCCAGUAUUGUCUUCCGGAAGGCGAAAGUGGAAGAUGGAGUGUCCAGAUGACGACUUCAAAGACGCAAACGGCUUCAACAGUCUGUGUCAACUCUGAUUUAACUGCUCCAUGCGAGUGA